GUGAUCGCAUCGGGGAUGGAGCAAGUUUGAAGUGCGCUUUUGAGUUAGUUCCGAGCCACUGCGCUGUAUUGUGGAUCUCCGUUGUCACAACACCAACACAAUCUCGCGCAAACAUGACUGCGAGAAGUCUUCUCGCAGUUGCGCUCCUGUGCAUAUUCGCAGGUGCUGCUAGCUUACCCGUGAUCAAACCAUCUGACAAGGUAUGCCAGUCCUUAAGCACAUCGUGCGAGGACCUGUGGGUUGCAUCCUCAUGCAAGGUUGUGAAGUCUUGUAUCACAGAAGUCUGGGAGAAGCUUGAUGUCCCUCUUGAUAAGAGCAAUGUGUGCAAUAUUUGUAAGGAAAUGGUUAAAGAGGCAAGGGAUCAGCUCUUAAGCAAUGAAACACAGGAGGAGCUCAAGGAGGUCCUAGAGGGCAGCUGUAAGCUGAUUCCAAUUAAAGUGUUUGCAGACAUGUGCAUUAGGAUGGUUGAUGAAUUCAUUCCUGAUCUCAUAGACAUGCUUGUGUCCAGAAUGGACCCUGACCAAGUAUGCACUAUUGCGGGGCUUUGCAACCCAAACUUUUUCAGGCAACUGAGAAUGCAACAAAACCUGAUCUUCUCCGCGUUCCAGUCCCGCAUUUUUCUUCCGCCACUGACAAGCACUGCUCCACGACGCACAGAAGAGUGUUCAAGAUGUAUGAACACUUUACAACCUGCCAAAGCAAUAAUACGGCUUUUGCCCGAGGCCCAAGUAGAGCUCUUGGCUUUGAAGAUGUGUCAGGACCACCACAAAGAUAAUCUGACAGAGUGCCCGCUGAUUGUGAAGAAGUACUUCUCUCCAGUCUACGACUACUUUUAUGAGACGGCCGCGAACCAGACGUGCGUCGAUAUCCGGCGGUGCCCACCCAGUGAGACACUGAAGACCAAUGUGCCACUAGUCAAGGGUGACGACGAUCUAACCUGUGACUUCUGCAAGCAACUAGUUGGAAGCUUAAGAAACUUCUUGGAGGCAAAUACCACGCAGGAUGAACUCAAGCAAGCCAUUUUGGCUUUCUGUGAAGAUCUUGGUUCUGCAGCUGAAGAGUGCCAGAACCUCCUUGAUGAAUAUUUUGAUAUGUUCUACACCUACCUACUUGAGGCAUUGGAACCAGAAAGGUUUUGUUCCACCAUUGGCCUCUGCCAGACCUCACUUCUGCGUGUUCCCCUUGUGAAACUUUUCCCAGCGGUGCCAGCGACAAAGGUGCACCUACAAAAGCUUGAGUACCCAAAGAAGGCAAUCAGUACACACUCCCCUGACAUAACACCAUUGGUGAAACUAAUGCCAGGCAUUCCUGUGAAGUAUCUAAAAAAAGAUGAACCGAAAAAGCAAGUUGAAUGUGAACUCUGCAUCUAUCUUGUGAAGUACGUGGAUGCUGUUCUUGAAAACAAAAAGGAUGAAGCUGCAGUGCUACACGCUCUUGAGGAGGCCUGCAAACUGGUGCCACAACACAUGCAUGAAAGAUGCGUGCAGUUGGUUGACAAAUAUGUAGACGAACUCAUCCACGUUCUUGUCGAGGAAGAUGACCCAAACUUAGUUUGCGGGCUCCUGGGUCUGUGCACUGGUCAGACAUCCACUUCAAGCGUCCAAAGUCACACAGCUAUCAAGGCUGAGAAGAAUCCUCAAGAUAGCGUUGAAUGUGAGGUAUGCAAGGCAGUGAUAGAAUUCUUCGAAAACAACCUACCAGAAGUUGUAACUAAGGAUGUAGUGGAGUAUGUCCUUGAUGAGCUCUGCAACCAGUUCAGUGGUGACAAAGCACAGGAGUGCAAGAACCUUGUGGACAAGAACAUCGAACUGAUUCUCAAAUACCUCACCGGCGAAGUGGCAGCCACUGCAAUUUGCCGCUUGGCGCAGAUGUGUGAAGCACCUCAAGUUGCAACGAAGGGUGUCAGUCCGGACUGUGUCGUCUGCAAGGAGCUGGUUCAGGUGGUUUAUGACCAGCUGAAGGAUGUCAGAACUGAGGAAGCAAUAGCAAAAGAGCUGGAGAGAGUAUGCAACCUGGUACCCUCCAGCAGCAGGCGAACUUGUGUGGAUAUCGUGAACACAUACUUUGAAGCCUUGGUGUCCCUCAUCUUGCAGGAACUCACACCAGAUCAAGUCUGCUCUGCUCUCAAAUUCUGCGGUGCCCCUGGUAAAGCCAUUCUGAAGCCAGCAUCAGAGAAGAGCCCGAAACAUGAAGAUCCUGAAUGCACCUUGUGCGAGCAAGUUUUUCAGUUGGUUUAUAAUGAACUGAAAGAUAACAAAACUCAGGAAGAAAUUAAGCAAGUACUGGAAGAGGUUUGUGACUUGGUUCCAAAAUCGAGCAGGCAAGAGUGUGUCAACAUGAUCAACAACUACUUUGAUCUUGUGGUUUCCCUCAUUCUGCAAGAUUUCACACCAGAUGAGGUCUGCAAGGCCCUUGGUAUCUGCCCUCCCUCUGGUAAAGUUGUUCCAAAGCCAGCAUCAACGAAGAGCCCAAAAGUUGAAGGUUCUGGAUGCACCUCAUGCAAGGAAGUUGUUCAGUUUAUUUACAAUGAGCUGAAGGAUACCAAAACUGAGGAAGAAAUUAAGCGGGUGCUCGAGGAGGUUUGUACCUUGGUUCCGCAAUCGAGCAGGCAAGAGUGUGUCAACAUGGUCAACACCUAUUUUGAUCUUUUGGUUUCCCUCAUUCUGCAAGACUUCACACCAGAUGAGGUCUGCCAGACCCUUGGCCUCUGUCCUUCCUCUGACAAAGUUGUUACGAAGCCAAAGAUACAGAAGAUCUCUAAGGAUGACAAUCCCGAAUGCACUUUGUGCAAAGAUGUCGUCCAGUUUGUUUAUGCCGAGCUGAGGGAUAACAAAACCGAGCAAGCAAUCAAGGAAGUUCUAGACGAGGUUUGUAACUGGGUUCCGCAAUCAAGCAAGCAGGAGUGCCUUAAUAUGGUCAGCACCUAUUUUGAUCUUCUGGUUUCCCUCAUUCUUCAAGACUUCACUCCAGACCAGAUCUGCCAGACUCUUACCCUUUGCCCUUCCUCAUCACAUGGUGACGUAGUGUGUACCUUUUGCCAGUAUGCACUUCACUUCAUCCAAACUGAGCUAAUGGACAACAAAACUGAGGAGAAAAUAAAAGAAGCUCUGGACCAGCUGUGUGCUAGGCUUCCCAAGGAAAUCUCCGAAGAGUGCCAGGCAUUUGUAGAGGAAUAUGGUGCUGCAGUGAUAGUUCUCCUUGCACAAGAACUAGACCCAAGCAUUGUCUGUGUUGCUGUCAGAGCUUGCCCUAAAGGGGGACUAGUCAAGCAGUCCAUGGCUCUGCAUAACCUUUAUUUCGAUAAGUGUGAUACCUGCUCUCUGGUGAUCGGGUGGGCUGACAGGUUCACACAAGACACGAAGACUGAUGAGGAGCUUGCCUCAGUAUUCGAAAGAGUGUGCAAGGCUGUACCUGCUGGCGUUAAACAAGAGUGCCAAUCUCUGGUUAAGGCAUAUGGCCCAUUCAUCCUGCGCAAUAUUGGACAGCUUGGAAACAGCAAACAAGUGUGUCAGGUCAUAGACAUGUGCCCAAAGGCAGCUAAAGGUGCUCACCUUCUUGGAUCCAAGAAAUGUACAUUUGGCCCUGCUUACUGGUGCCAUUCAGAAGCCCAUGCUUCUGCAUGUAAUGCUCACGAAUACUGCAAGAAGAAGGUAUGGAAGCAGUAGUAUUUAGUUAAGGUUGUCAUUACAGCUUUUUAAUUUUGUUACUCAAUAAGUAUGGCACAUACUUAAGGUAGGUUCUACUUAAUCAAUCUAUCACCUAUGAAAGAAUAUUUUACUUAGAACCGCAACAAGUGCACACACACUGUCUUUGCUUGAACAAAAAUUCUGUCCAAAAUGUGCACAAUGUGUAUGUUUGUGCACUGGUGAAGACUACUGUUGAAAGUAGGAAUAAAGAACAAUGACGAUUUUCAACUAC